GUUUAUCAAUGUGUGCUUCAAGACAAGAUCAAACACAUUUUGUGCAUGUAAAAUGUAUUAUAGCUUCAUGACUGUCUUAACCAACAAAUUGUGCUGCAGUAUAACUGGGCGUUCGAUAUUCUCCAUCUGGCACACUCAUUAUCUCAUGACUAGAACAGAUUUUGUCUCUCCUUUGUAAAAUGACUUCCAAUGGAGAAUGUACUGAUAACUUUAAAUGUCUUUCCUGUUUGCAGCCAGAAGUAACUUUUCACCAAAAUAUAGAUUUGAGAGAUGCCAAAAAGUGAAAGGAAUAUGUAAAACAUUUUGUGAUGAUGUUGAGUAUGAUUAUGGAUACUGCAUUAAAUGGAGAAACCAGUGCUGCAUAUAA